CUGGGCUCUGGCGCCUACCUGCGGGCAGCCGUCGCAUCCGCUUGCAUGGCUCGGAGCACUGGUCCCGCGCUUCCCCCGCCGCCUGAGGGCGUCCUUCCUGCUCAGGAGCCCUAGAUUUGUGAAGCGCCAGCCUGCCCUGUUCUCUCAGGCCUCUGGUCCCCUCAGGAAACGCAUGCUCUCUUGGUGCUGUGGCUUGGGGUUCUGUAUCGCGCCCUUGUAGGAGGGACAAAAGGCAAGAUGGAUGUUCAGACGUGGUAUUUGAAAACUUCAAAGCUGGCACUGGCUUUGGCAAUUAUCCACUCAAAACCAGCAGACAGAAGCAGCAGAGAAUACACAGAGCAUCUUGCCACCUUGGUGGCCCAGAAGGAGUCCAAAUGUAAAUCAAAAGUUGAAGCUUUAGAAGCUGAAGUUCUACAAUUACGUCAACAACUUUUCCUCAGCAGGAUUUCCUCAGGGUUGUUUAAGAAUGGACACGAUGUGUUCCCCCCUGCGUUGCCAGAUCAGGAGCCUACAAGUUCUGAAAAUACAUUGGCUUUGAUGGAUGAUUCUGGAUGUGUUUUAUCAAAUGAGCAGCGAAGCGAACCUGCAGAGCUGUCCCAGCAUUUGGUGGAGAGCUGCAGUCCCCCAUCCCUUCUACCACUGCCUCUUGAGAGAAAGCCAUGCACCACCCUGGAAAAUCCUCCGUCUUCUCACCUGCAGUUCUUGCAACAUCUGCUUGAACUGAAGAAACUGACAGAAUCCAGUAGUCUGAAAAUAUACUUAGCCCACUUUGAAAAAGACUCUUCCACUGUUUCUGACUCUGUUUCACAGUUGUUAGAUGGCCUGAUAACGUUUUACCGUAACCCCAAACUCCCUUUCUCAAGCUUUUGGACUGAAGCUGUUGGUACAUUAGCUAGACUGGCGAGUGAUUUUAGUUUAUCUAAUCAUAUUCUUAAAAAAUGUUCUAAGAAGUUAGAAGAAUUUGAGAAAACUCUCCUACAGGCUAUUUUAGGGAACAACAGUAUAAACCGGUUCCAGGUACAGCAUUAUGUCUCUCAGAGUCUAGUGACCCUAGGAAGUUGCAGCCUAUUGAGGAAGUCUAUUAUACUGCUACUGCUAUCUGAGGUGAACAGCUUUGUGGACCACCUGGGAGCCAUCAAUCAGGAUCAAGGCAAUUAUGAUGUGACACGCUAUGAAAAUAUUUUCUCCCUACUUUGGAUUCUGGAGCAACUUCUUCAACAGGAAACCCAGGGAGAUCACGCUUUACACAUUGAUCACAGCAGCCCGGAAAUCCAGACAUUUCUUCAGAAGCAUGAUGAAACCAUCUUCCGACUUUCAGAUGCGUUUCCUUUAUUUACUUUUUACUUAUGGAGACUAGGCAUUCUCUUGAACUCAGCAGAGAUGGAGACUGUUGAGAAUGAAUCCGUUCCUUAGCAGUCUACCAUAUAUCAGAAAAUGGUGUGCUUAAAUUUUUUCAAAGGUAUUUUUAAAUGAGUAACUUAAAUUGAUUGACCUACCUAAUCAUUAACUCAAUUUAGUGAUGAGACUUUUGCAUAGGAGAUAAUGAAUAGCUGUUCUGUAUUGCAAUCAGGCAAUUUCAGUUGGCAGUGCCCGUUACAUUCAUGUAUUGUAUCUAUUUCCCUCCAUAGUCUAGCUCUGUUUUCUAAAAUGGACCAACCAUUAUCUCAUAAAGUAUAGUAAAUUGUGAAAGACUUCCAUCCAAUAUAAAUCUACAGCUUGUAAUGAAAUACAGAUUAAACUUCUGUCAUUUAACACACUUAAAUAUAAGGUUUAAAUAUAUGGUAAACAAAAAAAUCCCAAAUUUAUUAUGUAGUUGUACUGAUGUCAUUUUCCUCUUGAAGAAUAGUUCUGUAGAAGGAGAAAAGGCUUUGAAAGCCAAUGGGUUUUUUUUAUAAUUUUACAUAAUCAACAUGUUUGUUAUGUAUUUUUGAACUGUUAAUUAGUUUUUUUAUAAUGUCUGUUUUUAAAACAAAUUUUCUGUUGAUUAUAAACAUUAUUACUCCUAUGAUUGUUAAAAUGUAGUAAAGUUGCAUAUUAUUAAGUCAUUAAGGAUGCUUUUAUAAAUUUUAAUAACCUCCAAAAAUACACUUUAUUCUUAUUAAAAGUACCGGGUUGAAUUUUUCCAUUACACAAUUUCCUUUACUUCAUUUCAUUUAUUAGAAUUAUAAUAGACAAGUGUAAUGAGCACACAUUUUGUACUUUCCUAUUGUGCAAUUUAAAGAAAAAGUAAUGUAAAUUCUUUCCUUUGUUAAUUCUGUGUGGUUCUGUUUUAUAAGUUAAUUAUCAUUUUCAGAUGCCAUUAGUACUAAAAAAUAAACCUUGCUAUUUUCUUCUAUAAUAUAUAUAAAGUUACAUCAUAUUCCAGAAUUAUUUUUGGAAUUAUUUACCAGGAAAACUGUUGUAGAAAAAAGUCUCUCCUAGAAAUGGCUGUAUAAACAAGAACAGAAAUAUCAGACAGUGUACAUAUUAAGAUGGAAUGAAGAAAAUUUCCUGGGGUUUCACCCCUAGAUCAAGAACUUAAGACAACUAAUGACUGCUUGGAGAGGGAGAAUUAGCCUGCCCCAGUGAUGAGCCACUUAUUUGUUAUCCAAUGAAGAGUGGUUAUCCCUGAAAUCAUGUGUACACACACACACACACACACACACACACACACACACACACACACACACACACACACA